CAUCCCCAAGUUUUUCGAAGAACAAAAAGAACGGCAGGACAAGGCAGCAGUUUCAAUUUCAUUCCUAAUUUAUUGUAAAAGUAGUAAGCAACCAGAAGAACACACGGCAAACAAUGCCUUCGGCUGCUACCACAUUCACCAACACCAACAACAAUAGCAAGGAGAAACGCGCCUCGGUCAGCUCCAUCGGUGCUAGCAGCGUCGUCGGCGGCGGCGUGGGUGGUGGCGGCUGCAACAAUGGUAACGCAAGCAACGGACAGCACAGCAGUAAUACUAAUCUUGCUGACAGUGCCAAGUCUGUUGCGGCAACGGGAGUAGCGCCAGGCAGCGGAAGUAGCCAAACUGAUUUAACUAACAACAACACUAACGUCAAUGCCAAAGCGCUGAAACUGUCGGCUGUCGCUGCUAACGCGGCUACCGAACCGUACAACCCGAUGAAGCAAAUUCUGGUAACCAUUGAGCACAAGAUUCGCAAUUUGGAAAAGCGUAAGACCAAAUUGGAGUCGUACCGAGCCAUCCAAGCUGGCGGCAAGGAACUUAGCGCCGACCAAGGGGCGGCCGUGGCCAAAUAUGAUUCAGUCCUCGCAACUCUUGAAUUCGCUCGAGACUUCUCCAAGCAAACGCAGCAGAUGUUUAAGGAAGCCGAAAAGGAACAGAAGAAACAAGCUCGCAAGGAUAACCAGGCUAAAUCGCUGGCGGAGAUUGCCAAGAUUCGCGAGCUCUUGGUCAUGCAAAACGUUCUCAGCUGCUUCAACGAUGAGCAGGUGCGCAAUGAUUUCGUGGCCGGAGAAAAUGGUGCCUGCAAGCUGGAGAUCGCCGAUUUGGAAGUGAUUGAGAAGUUCUGCAUGGAUGUGCAAACGCGUCGACCGGAGAUUGCUGAGGAUGUCAGUUUCCUGGCAACCGCUCAAAAGGCAGCCGAACUCUUUGCCAUGACCAUCAAUGCUCGAGCUAAGCCGUACGGUGAUACGACAUUUGAGAAACUGCGUGCGCUCUUUCAACAGAUCCAGGACUGUGGCUACUUGGACAAGUACUAUUUGAUUCCACUGGCGGAUCAGAGUGUGCAGGGUAACUGCACAGACAGCGGCACAGUGAGUGGUGAGGGCGAGACUAUGCUCAAUGAUGUGGCGGGCAUUGCAGGUGAUCACGAUGUGCCUAUGUCGGAACCCUCGGCUCAUAAUUCGCUGGAGGAAGGCUUGGACAAGCUGACCACCUCCGAGGCGGGAACUGUACUGCCUGAUCUGCAACAGCCGGAACGUGGUCAUCUGUUGCUUGAGCCGCAGCAUCAGCGUGCGCCCGUUGUCGAUCCGCAGCAGCAGCAGCAACAGUUGCUGGUGCAACAGCAACAGCAGCCUGGUGUGUAUAAUGCUGCCUCUGCAACUGCAGCUGCACCGGCGAGCAACACCACGCCGGUGCACAUAAUGUACGCAUCAGCGGCAACUCAGGCAACGCAUGUGCCUCCGCCAGGUCAGCAUCCCCAUCAGUUGCUCAGUAGCCCCGUGAAUCUCCAGGCCUUGCACGGUGUGCCGCAGUCGCAGCCGCCCCAGGCGGGCGUUGCCGCUGCGCCAUCAGUGCCUACUCAGCAGCAGCAACAACARCAACAGCACUUUGGACCCACGACCGUGCGCGCUGUGGAGCACAAUUACUUCAAGCAGCCGCCGCUGCAGCCUCCACAGGCAGCUGCUGCUCUGCAGGCGCCCACGCCCCAGCAGCAACAACAGUUUAUGCAGCAGUUGCGUCCCCUGGCCGAGGUACUGGGCACCGGCAGCUUCCACUUUCUGCAGGACAGCGAAUUGGAUGCUCCGGAUCAGCAGGCACCGCCACCACAACAGCUGCAGGUGCAAGGCUUAGUCUUUGAGCAACAGCAGCAGCAGAAUCAUGUAGAUGAGCCGCAAACCAUUACAACCCUGACCUUUACCAAUCAGUCCUUCCCGUCCUUGCAGCAGCCGCAGCAGCCGCCGUCACAGCCACCACCACCACAGCAGCAGCAGCCGCAGCAGCAGCAACUUUUCUCRCCUGUUCUGAUUCAUGAGCAACAGCGCCAACAACAGCAGCAGCCUCCGAUGCUCAUCAUGGCACGCUUGGCGACACAGCAGCAGCAACAGCAGCAACAACAGCAGCAGCAGGCGGCUCCACAGCCACCUCAGGGUAUUGGCAUGCAGCCAGGCGAUGUGACUGCCGUGUUUCCAUAUGACGCCGCAGUUGUCAGCUACGAGCAGCAACUGCAGCAGCAAUUGGGACUGAAGCCACAGCCACAGAAGCAACAGAUCGAGGAGCAGCAACAACAGCAGCAGCAGCAGCAGCAGCAUCCGUUGCAACAGCAGCCUGCUAAUGAUGUAGAUUCUAAUGACUGGCAUGGACGUGGAGGCGUAAAUGAUACCAAUGCAGCUGCCACAGCCGCAUUGACCAAUGUACUGAAGACCCAAUCAUCGGCGCUGGCCGAGCAGGCAACUCCAACGUCCAGCAACAAGUGGAGCAGCGAAAUGAAUGCGAUGAGCAGCGCCGCCUCGAAUGGCAGCAACAGCAGCAACAGCAACAAGCAGGAGUGGGCAACUCCACGCGACAAUAGCAGCGGUCGCGGUGGCUAUGUCAAUGAGAACGACAGCGGCAACAAUCAUUGGAACUCCUCGCAGCAGGACAAUGGCAACCAGAUGCGUCGCAACUCUGGCAACUAUCAGCAGCGUCGCAACGGUGGUGGCGGCGAUGAUCGUGGUCGUAACGGCGGCGGUAACUAUCGCUCUCGACAAUAUGGUAACUCCUCGGCCCAGCAGAAUGGACGCAAUAGCGGCGUCUAUUUCCGCAAUAACGAGUCGAGUGGCGGCGGAAGCGGUGGAGGCGGYGGCGGCGGCAGUGGUGGUGGUGGCGGUGGAAACUACUACCAGAACGGGGGUGGCGGUGUUUAUAAUAAGGAGUCACGCUAUGAUUCGUCGGGCAGCGGUUCCUAUCGCAGCCAGCGUGGUGGCAAUCAGCGCAACGGCAAUGGAUCCUUCGGGCGGCCCAUGGGCGAUCGCUCACGCAACACGGGCGGCGGAGGACCAGGUAACGGUAGCGGGGGCUACAUCAAUUCGCGCCAAUCACAACAGCAACGCAUGCCGCUGGGCUUGGAAAACAAAAAUUAAGCAGUGAAAGGCGUGGGAAAGGCGACGGCGCAGCUGUUUGGCCAUGCCACAUGUAUUAAGAGAUCCUCUCAUACAAUCAUA